AUGCCGGAGGUCCUCCGGCAUGUAUUUUCAUUGUUCCCCCACAGCGUACUUCUAACCCAAAGAAAAUUCACGGAAUUGACUGACAGUCUAUGUGAGUUAGUCAAAAUUGACUGGAAACUGCACCCGCAAGCCAAAUACUGUGUUGCCCAACUUUUUGCAGGUGCGAUCUUGUACCGUACGGAUGUGCAGGAAGUCAUCAUCCUUAAUACCGUCGAGGCGUACGGCCGUGGAAAAACUGUCGACCUUCAUCGAGAGGCAUUUGGUAGCGUAGAAAACGAGCCUCUGCAGACCUCCGAGCCGCCAGCAUUCAAGACACGUUAUGCCAGUGUGUGGUCAACGACAAUUACGGCACGAGAUGGAAAAAAGUUGACUAUCGGCAUGGAAGCAUGCAAUGUUCUCGUGACCUCCUCUCUGCGAUUGGAUAAAUCUGCUUUACCAUGCUUGGUCGCGACCACCACAAAUUUCGAAUUGCUGACGAAAUCAGAUUCUUUACAAUGUGGAAUAUACCUGGACGAAGCAAGUAUACAGGAGGCUUUGGCGCUUACAAGUAACGAAACAAACUCUAUCACAAGGCAAGGAGGCCAUGGAAGCCGAAUACCAGCAGAAGAGCGCGUUCGGCAGGUUGACCCAAGAUUUGCGGGCGCCUUAACUUACUUUCUCACGCGUCGAGCCAGUCAUUUUACACGCAACCGAAGGCAUCAGCCAUAUUUCGUGUUCAUAUUGGCCGAUUUCAACAAGGUUAGCAAUCCUACAGCGCAAUUGAUGAAGGAAGUCGCUGUACCAGUCUUGCGAUAUGGCAACUGA